UUUUAAUUUAUUAAGCUAGAUUUAAAUUCUGUUGGCUGUCAAAAGUUAAACUCAGAAGAAAAUAAAAUUAAUUUGUUGAAGUAAUCUGAAAAUUUCAAUUUACCCAUAGGCCAUGUCGAAACAAUACGGCCUAAUAGAUCCAAAAGCCGCCAGCAAAGUCGCAUCCAAACCGGCAAUAACAAAACAUGCGGCUUUCAACAGCGAUUCGGAUUCGGAUUCGGGAGAUCCGAAAAAGUCCAUGAAAAUGGAACUUGGCGAGAGUCAGAAGCGUCAAGCGAGGGCUGCUCAGGCGAAGGCCCUUGCGGAGGAUCCCACGGUCUAUCAGUAUGACGAGUUGUACGACGAUAUUGAAAACAAGCGCAAAGAAUCCAAGGACUGUAAAUCUAAGGAGGAACGACAGCCAAAAUACAUAGGAAAGCUUUUGGAGACGGCUGAUAAGCGUAAAAAGGAACAGGAAAGACGCAUCGAGCGACAGGUGCAAAAAGAACGGGAGGCCGAAGGCGAAAUGUUCAAGGACAAGGAAUCCUUCGUCACAUCCGCCUACAGAGCAAAACUUGAAGAGAUGAAGAAAGCGGAAGACGAGGAAAAGCGCGAAGAGUAUCUGGAGAGCAUUGGAGAUGUUACGAAGCAGGGCGAUUUGGGUGGAUUUUACAGGCACAUUUAUUCGCAGAAAAUGGGAGAAGCUAGCACGGAACGGAAGAAGGACAAGGACGACAAAAAUGUGAAACAGGAAGAAGAUGGUCGUUCCAGUGGAUCGGAAGAUGAGUCACAAAAAGACACUCAACCGCUACCGUCCCUGGGUAAGGCAAAUCGAGAAUCUGACGAGGAAGAACAUGCCAGGAAGGAGGCGCUGAAGAGUAAAGAUGUGUCUCAAUCGAAAGGACGACGAUAUCGCAAACGGCACUCUGAGGAUGAAGAGAAUGAUGACAACGAUGAAAAGAACGAUUCUUCCAAGAAAGUCCACCUUCAGUCAAAUUUAGACGCCGAUUCGGAUUUCAGUAUUGACUCGAACAGCAGUAGCAGUGAGAGUGGCAACAGCAGCGAUGAAAGUGAUACCGAGCAGGAUCGGAAAGGUAAAGUUAAAAAGACCGAAGACAAGAAAAGUUCAGUAGAACCAUCGCCGGAGAAGAAACCUAAAACGGACGACACGGAAGAAGCAUCUGCCAAUGGCGUUGACAAUGGAAACAAAUCCGACAAGGAAAACGGCAAAGAUGUGGUAGAAGCAACAGAACGAAAAGUUAAGGAAGCUAAGAAACCCAAGCAACCGAAAGUGGAUAUCUGGAAGAAGCGUACUGUUGGCCCGGUGUUCGAUGCGGCUUUGCAAAGAUACUACGAACGAAAGGCAGCGAGAGAAUCGGGUUGAUUGCUUUUGGUGUAACGCUCAUCAAAUAUUUGUAUGUAAUUCUGCUUUUAAGUGUAUUAAACAAAUAAAUAUAAAUAAAUAGAUUUUGUGUACGUUUGAA